AUGAGAUUGAAAAUCAAGCAACCCGAAAACAGCCGGCACAAGGAAAUGGUGACUGCAGUCGGCUGGACUUCGUCAAAUGAGCUUUAUACAUGUUCAGACGAUAACACUGUUAUCGUCUGAGACAUUAAUGGAGAGUUUUUAAACAUAGCUUUUUCAUUAGACAUCCCUGUUAAUGAUAUUUCGUGGCAGCCAGCAGCUAGAGGCAGCUCAGAAACACUAGCCAUCGCAUGUGUUGACGGUAGUUUUAAAAUCGUCAGCAAAACUGGAAGAGUUGAAAGACACGUAACGGAAGCUCACAAGGGAGCUGUCAUUGCAAUCAAAUGAAGCUAUGACGCUUCUACCAUUGCUACAGCAGGAGAAGACGGCCAAGUCAAAAUCUGGGCCAAAACUGGAAAUCUGAGGUCUGCUAUUGCACAGACUGACAGGUCGGUGUUUUCUCUGGCAUGGUCUCCAGCAUCAGACCAAGUAUUGUACUCCUCCCAUAAAAACAUUUAUAUUAAGCAUAUCCAAGCAGGACAGAAGCAGCUUCAAUGGAAAGCUCAUGAAGGCUGCGUGCUCAAGGUUGACUGGAAUCCUUCCAACAAUUUAAUUAUUUCUGGAGGGGAGGACUGCAAAUACAAAAUUUGGGACACUUUUGGCAGAAACUUAUUCAGCUCGUCACCAUAUGAGUAUGUAAUUACUUCUGUUUCGUGGUCGCCUAAUGGAGAUUUAUUUGCGGUAGGGGCUUUUGAUAUGCUGAGACUUUGUGAUAAAACUGGGUGGACUUAUUCUCUGGUUAAGCCAAAGACAGGGUCGAUUAUGAAUUUAGCUUGGAGCUGGGAUGGGACUAUGCUGGCAGGUGGAGGAGGUAAUGGGGCAACUGUUUUUGGAUAUCUAGUAGAUAAAAAGACAUCCUGGCAGAAUGUGGAAAUCCAAUUGCAGGAAGAUAAUAAAAUAUACGUUGUGGAUGUUAUUCAUGAGAUCAGUGAAGAGCUUGAGUUUAGAGAUAGGGUUAUCAAUUUUGCCUUGGGAUAUGAGCAUUUGGUGGUGACUACAACAACACAAUGUUCAAUAUAUGAUGUACAGAAUUGGCAGACUCCAAGCAGAUUUGAUAUUAGAGAGCCUGCAAGCUUGAUUGUGCUAGGCUGUAAGUAUUUCGCACUGGUAGAUUUAGUUAACGGGAUACAAAUAUAUAACUAUGAAGCACGUCAGAUGAGCAGCCCUAAGUUUCAAGGACUCCGAGUUGAGUUUUUGAGCAAUAAAUCUAUAUCGCUUUCAACAGAUAUAGUCACUGUAGUAGAUACUGCAAACGCAAAGAUGCUUACUCCACCCCCCCUUUCCGUGAGUGAACAAAAAAAUUUUGUUCACUCACGGAGGGGGGUUAAUUUUUUUUUUUUAAAAAAAAUUUAUAUAUAAAUUUUAUAAAAAAUAUUUUUUUUCGAAAUUUAAAAAAAUCCUAAUUCGCAAAAAUUGGAAAGCAAAAUAUUAAUUCAAUUUGCAAAAUUUAUGUUUUUAAAAAGCAAUUUGUUUAAAAUUAAAAACAGAAUUAGCUCUAUAUUUCAUUAUACUAAUUAUCAUUUAUAUAUUAAAACUUUUUUCCAUAAAAAAAUUUUUCUAUUAAAAAAAAUUUUGUUCACUCACGGAGGGUGGGGUUUUUGGGCAAAAAAUAGCGAUUUUUCUAAUGGUUUUGUUCACUCACGGAGGGGGGGGAGUUAGACUUUUUGACCUUAUUUCAGGCAAGGCCCUCUCCCAAAACAUUGAGCAUAAUCUAGAAAUCCUUGAAGUGGCUGCCAAUCAAGUAGAUCACGCUGCAGAGCGCAAGCUCUGCAUUAUGGACAGCAAUCGUGACUUGCUGCUUACUUCAGUCCACAAAAGUGAAAUAACUAAACUGUGCUCAAUGGUCGACUCUUUCAAAUGGAAUGAAAAAAGUGAUAUGCUAGCAGCAAUUGCUGAUGGAAAACUUUAUGUUUGGUAUUAUCCUAAUGUAGUUUACGUUGAUAAAGACUUACUUCAACUUUCACGAUUUUCAAGAGACGUUUCAAAUGAAGUCGGAAAAAUGUGUGUGAUUGAUAGCUUUACAGGGUCUUUGAUAACUGUAAGAAGAAUUGAUGGUAGAGUUGCCACACUCUCCGUUUCGCCUUAUCCAGCUUUAUUAUAUGAGAACAGUGACAGAGGUCAAUGGGAAAAAGCUAUAAGACUCUGCAGAUUUGUGAAAGACCCAACACUUUGGGCAUGCUUAGGGGCUAUGUCACUUCAUGCAAGAGAAUUAAAUACAGCUGAAAUUGCCUUAGCAGCUAUAGAUGAAGUUGAUAAAGUCCAGUUUAUAAAUUAUGUGAAAACAAUCCCUUCAGAAGCUGGCAGGAACGCAGAGCUUGCGCUAUUUUGUAAAAGGUCACAAGAAGCUGAACAAAUUUUAUUGCAGGCAAGACUGUACUACAGAGCUAUUAAAAUGAAUAUAAGGUUGUUUAAAUGGGAAAGAGCUCUAGAAAUAGCCCUAGCAAAUAAAAAGCAUAUAGACACUGUCAUUGGGUACCGAAAGAAAUUUUUAGAGUCUUCUGGAAGAGAGGAAAUGCUAGAAAAGUUUAAACAGUUCGGAGAAAUCGAAAUUGAUUGGGUCGCGAUAAAGACCAAAAUUAAACAAGAAAAAGAGCAGGAAGCUCUUAGCGGAAGACCUUAUGAUGGGUAA